GCCUGGUCGACCGCUGAUAAAAAAAGCUGUACGUGAGGGGCACACCCGAGCUUGCCGAGCUGUUUACAUCCUGCGCGCUGAGCUCACGCGUUACGCGAUCGCUGCGCCAGAACUAGAUGUCCGCCCUCGCCGCCCUAGGGAGCUAUGGCGGCUCGAGCAGUGACGACGAUGACGACGAGCCGGCGGCGCCCCCGCCCACGGCUUUACUAGAGAGAAGAGUGGUCACGGCGCCCCGCGUCGUCGGCGCGUCGACGCUCGCCCUCAACCCGGCGCGCGCGCUGCAGCCGGGCGCCGACGGUAGAAUGGUGAAGGAAAUGAAGACGAACCUCCCGGCGUCGAUCGUCAAGGCGCCGGUGGCGGGCCCCGCGCGGCCCUUUGAUAAUGCGGCUCCUGGGGUCGACAGGGCGGCGCCGAACGUCCACAGCGGAGGCACCGCCGAAAGAGCUGCAGUGGAGGCGUGGUCCUUCGACGAGCAGUUCCACUCCUUCCAGGGCCACGGCUUCGCCCAGGCCGCGCGCGGGAGCGGUGUUGUUGGAACGGUCCCUGACGUGGUCCAGAAGCCCCGGAAAAGAAGGCGGCCCGUCGAACGGGAAGAUAUUGGCGACGAGGACGAGCACGGCGUCUGGGCGCCCGAAGCCGACCCUGAGGAAGAGCAGGAGAAGAUCUCCCAGGAUCGGCUCCAGGAGAUCGCUUCGGCUCUCGAGAGCGAGCGCGCGAAGAACAAGCGCGGAUAUGACCAGAACGAGGACUUCGAUAGAAGGGACGAGCGGAAGAUCUCCCACUUGUUGCCGGCGAGACAUGAUCGGGACACGGUCGCUUGCGAAGCGAGAACGGCCUUCCACGGUGAACAAGAAAGGGAUUAUCAAGGACGGCCCUGGUGCAUGCCGCCGCGAGGUGGUAUUCGUUCGAGGGUCGACGACGGCCACGACUGCUUCAUUCCCAAGCGAUGCAUUCACAGAUUUACGGGCCACAGCAAAGGCGUUCAGAGAAUACUACCGUUCCCGGGUUAUGGGCAUUUACUGUUAUCAGCGUCGUUAGACGGGUCCUGUAAGAUCUGGGACGUGCUGAAUGAUCGGAGGUGCAUGCGGACCUAUGCGGGGCACUCGGAAGCCGUGAAAGAUUGUUCAUUAGCACCAGACGCGUCGCAGUUCGUGAGUUGUGGCUUCGACCGCUUCGCGAGGGUCUGGGACGUCGAGACGGGUAAGGUAUUGCACACGAUGACGGCGGAACGGCAGAUGAUGAACUGCGUCAGGUUCUACCCCAAGGACAAAAAUAUUUUGGUGGCUGGCGCGGGCGACGCGACGUCGGGCAAGAUCUUCCAGUGGGACUUGAGGGAGAAAGGAGAACCGACGCUGGUCUAUAACCACCACCUGGCUCCUUGUAAUUCUAUAACAUUCAUUGAUGACGGGAAGUCGUUCAUCUCGACGGGGGACGACAAAAAGAUUUUUGUUUGGGAGUAUAGCAUACCCGUACCUACCAAAUAUAUAAGCGAGCCGCACAUGCACUCCGUGCCCAUCGUCCGGAAGCACCCGACGCAGCAGUUCUGGUGCGGCCAGUCCAUGGACAACUCGAUUGUCACGUACACGGCCGGGGAGCGGGUCAAGCAGCAGCGGAAGCGGACGUUCAAGGGCCACCUGAACUCGGGCUACGCCUGCGGGAUUACGUUCUCGCCCGACGGCAAGUUCGUCGCGUCGGGCGACGGCGAGGGCAAGCUGUUUUUCUGGGACUUCAAGUCGACGCGGACGUACCGCAAGCUCCAGGCGCACGACGCGGGGCCCUGCAUCGACUGCGCCUGGCACCCGCUCGAGCCGUCCUGGGUCUUCACGGCGGGCUGGGACAACCUCAUCAAGCUGUGGGACUAAGACACCAUUCGUUUUA